CCAUCUGAUUAUCUCUCCACAAUUUUCAUUUACUUCUCUUCCAUCUCUCCCAUAAGAACACAAUUAACAGCACCCACUUUAAUUCCUGCCUCUGCAAACUAUACUUUUACGAGUCCGACAUCAGCCAAGCCCCGCUCCACCGUUCCUCACACAAUCAAGCAUGCCAAAUUGAUUUGUGUAUUAGUAGUACAUUAACAUCACAAUCACAUAUUUCAUUUUAUCUCAUUUCUACUUUUUUUUAAUAUCAACAUCAAAUACACCUCCUUUACCAAUAUUAACCGAAAUUGUCAUAUCACAUACAUUACCGUAAUAUUCGAUAUACUGAAAUUUCGGUAUAACAAAUUUCAAUAUUGUUAUUGUAAUACUGUACCAAACCAUAUUAAUUAUGUUAUAAAUAACCCUCAUCUCUAUAAAUCAUAGCAUGUUGGCACUUCCCAAUUAAGAAAACACCGUAAGUUAAACUAUUAGUGAGAGAAACCCCACAAUAAUCACUCUCCUAAGCUUUAUUGCAGAAUUGAUCAAUGGAGCAACAAAAACAGCUCUCGCCGGAAACUCACAAUCUGGAGAAGGAGCUGAGAACGCAAUGGCGGAUCACCAUCCCCUUGGUGGCCAUGAACUUCACAUGGUUCGCCAAAACCGCCAUCACCACCGCCUUCCUCGGGCGCCUCGGCGAGCUCCCCCUCGCUGGCGCCACCCUCGGCUUCACCUUCGCCAACGUCACCGGCUUCUCCCUCCUCAACGGCCUCUGCGGCGCCAUGGAGCCUAUCUGCGGCCAAGCCUUCGGCGCCAACAACUUCCGCCUCCUCCAUAAGACUCUCCUCAUGUCCACCACUCUCCUCCUAUCCGUCUCCGUCCCCAUCGCCUUCCUCUGGCUCCACGUCGACCUCAUUCUAAUCUACUUCGGCCAGCACAGAGAUCUCGCUGCCGUCUCCCGCCGCUACCUCAUUUUCCUCAUCCCCGAUUUGGUCGUAAUCUCAUUUCUCUGCCCCCUUAAAGCCUAUCUCAGCACUCAGAACGUCACCGUCCCGAUCAUGCUGAGCUCCGCCACCGCAGCCGCAAUCCACAUCCCGGCCACUCUGGUCCUCGGCCGCGCGAGGGGGCUGGAGGGGAUUGCAAUGGCAGUGUGGAUUAGUGAUGUGGUGGUGGCGAUUUUACUCGCGAUAUAUCUUAUUUUGUGGGAAAGGCGAAAAGGGGGGAAUUGGAAGGAAGGGGGAUGGCUGGAGCAAAGUGGGGCAGAGUGGCUAAGGCUGCUGAAACUCAGUGGGCCCUGCUGCCUCACCACCUGCCUCGAGUGGUGGUGCUACGAGAUCGUGGUCCUCCUCACGGGCCGCCUACCCAGCGCGCAGCGCUCGGUAGGCGUCUUAGCGAUAGUGCUCAACUUCGACUACUUGCUCUUCUCCGUCAUGCUCUCCCUGGCCACGUGCGCGUCCGUGCGCGUGUCGAACGAGCUGGGGGCGGGGCGCCCGAGGGCGGCCCGCCUCGCAGCACGGGUGUGCUUGUGCGUGGGGGCAGGGGCAGGGGUGGUGGGCGCAGCAGCGAUGGUGGGGGCGGCGGGGGAGUGGGGGAAGCUGUUCAGCGGGGAGAGAGGGGUGGUGAGGGUGGUGGGGAGGAUGAUGAUGGUGAUGGCAGCGGUGGAGGUGGUGAAUUUUCCGUUGGCGGUGUGUGGUGGGGUGGUGAGGGGGACGGCGAGGCCGUGGGUGGGGAUGUAUGCGAAUGUGUGUGGGUUCUAUGUGAUAGGGCUGCCGUUGGGGGUGGUGUUGGCGUUCAAGGUGGGGAUGGGAUUGGGGGGGCUGUUGGGUGGGCUUUUUGGGGGAGUUGUGGUUUGUUUGGUUUUGUUGUUUGUGUUUAUUGCCAGAAUUGAUUGGGAUGACGAAUCUCGCAAGGCGCUAAUCAUGCAGGAUUUGGUUGAUGAUGAUGACGAGGAUCAUAAUCAUAUUCCUAUUCCUAUUCCUUCAUGAUUUCUACUUUAAUUUGUUUCAUUUAUAAUAAUGCUUCGUUUAGAUGAUAUCGUUAAUGGUUCAUUUUAUAUAAAAA